AUGACAAAGAGUGGGGAGUGGCAUACGUAUCAGAUCUUUCCCACAAUGACUCUUAACGUCAGUCUAUGCUUUGCAGGCCUUCAUACAGAUGUUUACAACGUUUCAAUGUCUAAUCCGACAGGCGAUCCAAAAGAGCCUGAGGUCCGAUGGGAACCCAUACAUCGCGACGACGCGGCGGAGGCAGGGCAGAAUUUCAUGGGCGCAGCUGUCUCUGGUAUCAGCGCUGGCGAAAGAGGAAUACUUUCCAUUUCUGAGUUCACACGGCCACACGGCUUCAAAGCUGAAGACGUCCAUGACAGUUCAAACACUCUCUGGAUAGGCCCGUCCUCAUUCAUCGGCAUGUUCGCGCAGAGUGGCGCAAGUUGGAUAAUGUGCACUCUUUGUACUUUGUUCGGAUGGGCGGUUCCACCAGAUAUCGCUGCGUUAUUCUCGAGGACCAUUCACACGACGGGUCGGCCAUCCUGGGCCAUCCAGAGCUUCCUGACAACCUACACGCAAAGCUGGUACGCCCAGUUCCUCCCCGAGCUCGACGUCGCCGCCGAUAUCGAUGCCACAUUCUCCACCCAAGCCCGGAUCCCAAGGUACUGGGGCGGACUAAUCGCGGCUCUGGUCAUGAACAUGGUGAAUCUUGUUUGUGUCUGGAUCAUCGCGGUGUUGUAUGUCGUUCGAACGAGAUACUCCCGUCAGGGAAAUGUGUGGCACACCGUUUCGCAGAUGAUGUCAGAGGAUACAAGAAUAAUCCUGGAACAAAGCAACAAGGUGAAAGAUAAUGAGGUCAAGAAAGCGCUGAAGUCGGAUGAUUAUCUUGUGUUCAUUGGAAUACCUGCGGGCUCUGAUCGAAUCUCCGUGCUUAGGUCUUGA